AUGUCGCAACGCGCCGCGCGCGUCCUGCGGGCCCUUCCCCGUUCCUCAUCAUCUCUCCGCAACCUUGCCAUCGGAUCCUACCCCUCCUUCGUCCCCGCCCUCACCCUCCCCCUCACCCGCUCCCACUCCUCCACCCCACCCUCCUCGUCGUCAUUCAACACCGUCAACUCGGACGAGAUCGCCCACUUCUCCCGCCUCUCUCAGCACUGGUGGGAUGAAUCGGGCGAAUUCGCCCUUCUUCACCGCAUGAACCCCGAACGUGUCGAGUACGUCCGCCAAAAAGUCGCUCUCGACCCAGCGACAGAGCAGCAGUGGACCUUUGAAGGACGCCAUGGAGACCGGACCCGAGCAGAGGCAAGGGGACAAGGACGGUGGUUGCAGGGCCUGCGGGUACUCGAUGUGGGAUGUGGUGGUGGGUUAUUAGCCGAGUCACUAGCGCGCCUAGGUGGUGAUGUCCUCGCGAUUGAUGCGAGCGCCCACAAUAUUGCUAUUGCGCGUACGCAUGCGGCUGCCGACCCUCUCCUCCCCUACGUCAACUCCAACUCGACCGCUCCAGGGCGGUUGGAAUAUCGCCACACGAGCGCCGAAACGCUCCGCGACGCGGGCGAGACCUUUGACGUCGUCUGUUCCAUGGAAGUACUCGAGCACGUUGAUGCGCCAGGCGGAUUCCUCCAGUGUCUCGGCGACAUGGUUCGGCCAGGUGGCCAUAUGGUUCUCAGCACCAUCUCGCGCACGCCACUCGCACAGUUGCUUACCCUUACACUGGCCGAGGACGUGCUUCGUUUCGUCACCCCAGGUACGCAUACUUAUUCCAAGUUUGUUCGGCCAGAAGAGUUGCGCCGCUUCGUGUACUCUGAUAUGGGGGGUUUCCAGACGUGGGAAAGGCUCGAUGGGGCGGGCGAUAUUCGCACGGACGAGGUCGGCGAGACCAGGGGAAUCAUCUAUGAUCCCCUCGGCGGGCGGUGGCGGCUCACUCCAGGCGCAGAGGGGACGUGGUACAAGCCCUUUGAGGAGCUUGUCAACUACAUGUACCACGCCAAGAAGCGUGCUAGCUCGUAG